GCAGCCGCUAGUCGGUUAUAUGUUAUAUGUUGUUUUUGUCGAAACUGAAAAUAAAUGAUAUAUAUUGCACUAUUUUGCUAUUUUUCAUCGUUACGAUGAUCAUCUGCUCAUAAAAGAUUGUCCUCAAGAAUUGUGCCACUGCCAAAAGCAGCACUGUGUGAAGAUGAUGCGUUAUUGGGGUGAGCUCCCAGUGGCUUCGGCUCCCUCGGGCCGCAGUUCUUUUGACCUUCUGCAGCGCGAGUUCCGGCAGGUGGAGAUGCAGGACCCUCCCCUGCACCAACCCUCUGCCCAGCGUCCACGUCCCACCACCAUGCUGGACAUCCCCUCAGAGCCCUGCAGCCUCACAAUCCACACCGUGCAGCUGAGCCAGCAUGCCCGUCGCCUCCGGGGUCUCAUUGCUGCUGCCCAGCAGGGCCAGCAGCCUCUGCCCACAUUACUAGAUGCCCAGGGUGUCUUCAAACCUGAGGAUGUGGAUGCUCUACCUCCUCGCCCUGUCACACCCACUGUACCUGAUGAUCUGCUUCCACUGGAUAGUAAAGCUCCACGACAUCCAUUCCAGCUACGCCAUAGUGACCCAGAGAGCGACUUCUACAAAGGUAAAGGUGAGCCAGUCACUGAGUUGAGCUGGCUGUCCUGCCGGCAGCUUCUGUACCAGUCGGUCGCCACAGUGCUCGCUCACGCUGGAUUCGAGUCGGCCAAUGAGAGCGUGUUGGAGACUUUGACCGAUAUGGUUCACGAACACUACCUGCGGCUCACCAAGUUGCUGCGCGUGGCUGUUGAUCGAGAGGCCUGUCGGGGCUCUACACCUUUCCCUGAUGUGGUGGAACAGGUGUUUCAUGAGGUGGGCAUUGGCAGCGUCCUGGCGCUCCAGCGCUUCUGGCAGGUCCGCAUCAAAGAUUACCACAGCUACAUGCUGCAGGUCAGUAAGGAGCUCUCAGAAGAGUACGAGAGACUCGUGAAUCCAGAAAAGGCUCUGGAGGAUUCCAAACCCUUAAAGGUUAAAGAGGAGCCGGUGAGUGACAUUGCGUUUCCUUUGAGCGAGGAGCCGGAAGCGGAUCUGGCCUCAGGUGACCAGGCCCUGCCCAUCGGUGUGCUGGGAACAUCCAGUGAAAGACUGGCUGGAGUACUGGAGGAAGGACAUUCCCCUCACACAUCAGUAGCAGCAGGGAACAGCUCCCCCUUGUGGCAUCUAGCCCAGGUGAAGAUGGAGCCCCAGGACAGUGAGGAGGGCCAGGUGUCAGGUCAUGGAGUUCUGGGCAGCGACGUCUUUGAAGAGGGUCCCAUGUCCACCAUGAGUGAGGCUGGCAUCCCUCCAUCUCCUGGAGGUUCAGAGGGAAGUUACAUGUCCCAUUCACCAGAUUCUCUCAUGGGCACAUCGCCUUUCACCCAGCGGCCAAAGAAACGGAUGAGAAAAGUAUAGUGGUUU